AUGGCACCACACUCGAACAGAACAGACUCUUUCACCACUACAGAUUCGCACGCAAACCCAAAGUUGGCCAAGGCCUCACCACCACGCAAUGUGGACUGGAUUGAACAGGUCUCGUGGGACUCGAGUCUACAGCCCAAAGACUACGACAUCCAGGGCACACAUCCAGACUCCAAGAUCCUAUUUCUCAACGUGAACAUUCUCGACUCUACAGGGAAAGAGCCCUACCUCGGAGCUGUGUUGAUCGAAGGUCAGAAAAUCACAUACGUGGGUACUGUACCCGACGUCGACGAAAUCAGCAAGGACUCCAAAGUCCGCGUCUUCCAUGGCCGAGGACGCACUUUGAUGUCAGGCUUGGGCGAUGCUCACACACAUCUUACUUGGAACGGUGGAGAUCUCGAUCGUCUGGGAGACCUGGGUGUCGAAGAGCACACUCUUUUGACGAUGCGGAGCGCGCAAUGCUUCAUCGACUCCGGCUAUACCAUGUGCUUCGGUGCAGCUUCAGCAAAAGAUCGACUCGAUGUAGUAAUCAGAGACGCCAUCAACGCCGGCGACAUUCCAGGACCUAGAUACCUUGCCAACGGCAAAGAAAUGGCUCGCAGAGAUGGAGAGUUGGUCGCUGGUAUUACUGCCUUUGCAGACGGACCUGACGAGAUGCGUGAGGUGAUUCGCCAUCAUGUGGAUAUUGGCGUUGACAACAUCAAGCUGAGCAUGUCUGGCGAAGAGAUCACUGAGAUUCGUUCAGCGCAAGAUUGCUACUUUACCGACGAAGAGACGGCAGCCUGUGUUGAUGAGGCACACAAGCAUGGCAAACGCCUGUGUGCCCACGCACGAGCUCGAGACUCCGUCAAGAUGUGUGUUCGACACGGUGUCGAAGCCAUAUACCACGCCUCAUACAUCGAUGACGAGGGCAUGGAGAUGCUGGAAGCCGCAAAGACCAAGCACAUAGUGGCACCAGCGAUCAACUGGCUGAUCGCCACACUCAACGAAGCCGAAGCAUUUGGCUACAGCCACGCCCAAGCCGAAAAGGUUGGCUACAAACGCGAGCUAGACGCAGCCAUCAAGGGUCUUCGAGAGAUGCAUCGUCGCGGCAUAGUCGUACUUCCAGGUGGCGACUACGGUUUCGCGUGGACACCACACGGCACAUAUGCUCGCGAUCUCGAGCACUUUGUGAAGCUACUCGACUUCACACCACAUGAGGCGCUCAUUGCAGCCACGGCUGGUGUUGCCAAACUGAUGAUGCGCAGCGAUAACCUAGGUAAGAUCCAGCCAGGCUUCUUUGCGGACUGCAUCUUGAUAGAUGGCAAUCCCUUGGACGACAUCACUAUCCUGCAAGACCACUCCAAGCUGAACAUCAUCUGCAUCAACGGCAGAGUGCACAAGGCUGGAAGGAAAGAAUAUAUUCCUCCUCCGGUCGCGGGACAAGACAACAACAGCCAUGUCAUUGUACCAGACAUGGAGUAUCCAGAUGUGGAGAGGGCGAUGCAGAAGCAGUAUUAG